UCACACGUUUAUUAGACGACAUCUUCUGCUCUUAUCUUUGUGUGGAACAAAAUCAUGGAGAACAAAAACUCUAGAGUUUGUGUUACAGGUGCUUCUGGAUUCAUUGCCUCUUCACUCGUUAACAAGCUCCUACAGCAGGGCCACACAGUCCACGCCACCCUCAGGAACUUGGAUGAUGCGUCGAAAGUUGGGCUUCUCAAGUCCCUUCCUAAUGCGGACACCAACUUGUUGCUGUUCCAAGCUGACCUAUAUGACCCUCUAGAGUUUGAGCCUGCCAUGGAAGGCUGUGAGUUUGUUUUCCAUGUUGCCACUCCGAUGCAGCAUAACAACCUAAGCUCUCAGUACAAGGACACAGCUGAAGCUGCUGUUGCUGGGGUGAGAAUCAUUGCUGAUUCCUGCAUUCGUUCGCAGACCGUCAAGCGACUCAUCUACACUGCAAGCGUACUAGCUGCGUCGCCUCGGACAGAAGAUGGGGCUGGAUUCAAACCCUACUUUGAUGAAUCAUGUUGGACACCCCUUGAUGUCUCAUUUCCUCAUGGCACUGAUUUCACAAUGGGGUAUAUCGUAUCAAAGACAUUAGCAGAGAAAGCAGUGCUGAGCUAUAACGACAUUGAUGGUGGUAAAUUAGAAGCAGUGACUCUUCCUUGUGGCCUAGUAGGAGGAGAAACGCUUCUCCCAAAUUCGCCUCUAAGUGUGGGAGUAGUUAUAUCACAACUUACCGGGGACUUGAAUGGUUACAAUGCAUUAAAAUUCAUGCAAGAAGUUAUCGGUUCUGUUCCUCUUGUACACAUUGAAGAUGUUUGCCGAGGACAUAUCUUCUGCAUGGAACAACCAUCGAUGAGAGGCAGAUUCUGCUGUGCAGUUGCCAGUCCUAGUAUCAAAGAAAUCGCUGCCUUCUUCCAAGAAAACUACCCGGAAUACAAGAUAGCAAAAGAAUUCGCCGAAGGACCAGAAGAAGGAAUCAAAUGUGACUUUACUAAGCUGGUGAAGAUCGGUUUUGAGUACAAGUAUGGCGUGAAGAACAUACUUGAUGACAGUGUAGCAAGUGGAAGGAGGUUAUCAGAGAGCUCUCUUUCUCAACUGAUUUAAUUUUCAGACUGCAGAAACAAAAACAUCAUAUUACAAACGCUGGUGUAAUCGUGUUUUCGUUGUUAGGCUCUGCAUAUUCUAGUAUUGUGAGAGAUCCUCACUUAUUGAAUAAACAAAAUCUUGUAUACUCAUUAGCAUAACUAUUUCAGAAUUGUAUGUGUUAAGACAAAUUCAUUCAGUCUAGUGUAAAUUUAAAAAACAAAUCAA